AUGGAAGGAGACGAGAAGAAAGUGCAAAAGGUAUAUCCUGUGCUUCAACAACCGCAAGAUGUAGAUAAGUCAACUCUCCCCGACAAAAAAGAAAGCGAAAAAAAAGAAAAAGUUCAAGAUUGUUCUGAUGUUGCUCUCUUGAUGAAGGCUAAUGAUUUCGCAGCUCGAAGACACCGUUUUCAAAAGCGCAAAGAUAACAGAACUCCAUACAUAAACCACCCUAUUGGAGUUGCAUUCAUCUUGACAAACGAAGCCAAAGUGUAUGAUGUGAUAACCUUAGCAGCAGCAUUACUUCAUGACGUUGUUGAGGAUACAAAAACUUCCCAUGAGGAGAUUUUGACCGAAUUUGGCGAAGAAAUUCAUAACAUCGUCAAAGAACUGUCAGAUGACAAAGACCUGCCCAAGGAUGUACGUAAGGCCAUGUGUAUUACAAGAGCACCUGAGCUGUCACAUAAGGCGAAACUAAUUCAUUUAGCCGACAAAUUGUAUAAUCUGAGAGACUUGAAACGUCAAACUCCUCAUGGAUGGGAGAAAAAGCGAAUAAAGGAAUAUUUCCAAUGGUCGAAACAGGUCAUUGAUGGAAUGCGUGGCUCUCAUUUGAUUCUUGAAGCUCUUUUAGAUGAUGUUCUUCUGUCCUACUGCCAAGAAUAA